GUAACACCAUUGGAGGUGGUCUAAGAAGAGUUAGCGUCGUUUCAGUUUCUCAGAGAGAGAGAGAGAGAGUGAGUAGUAGCUCGAAUCGCAAAUCAACUCAUCUUCUUCUUCACCGGCGCCGCCGCACUUAUACUGCACAAACAAAAAGGAUUCUGUUUCUGAAGGAUGGCGUCCAAGUUGAUACAAGUUCAAUCAAAGGCAUGUGAAGCUUCAAAGUUUGUGGCAAAGCAUGGAACUUCUUACUACAGGCAGUUGCUUGAGAAGAACAAACACUUUAUCCAGGAACCCGCCACUGUGGAGACGUGCCAAGAGUUGUCUAAGCAGCUUCUCUACACCCGUCUUGCUAGCAUUCCAAAACGCUAUGAAACCUUCUGGAAGGAACUAGACUACGUAAAGAACUUAUGGAAGAACAGAAGCGAUCUCAAGGUAGAAGAUGCUGGAAUCGCUGCUUUGUUUGGUCUUGAAUGCUUUGCCUGGUACUGCGCCGGAGAAAUCUCCGGCAGAGGCUUCACCUUCACCGGCUAUUACCCUUGAAAGAGACCAACUAUUAUAACUUGAAACAACAUUUUGUGUAAUCACUUGCUCCAUUUUUUAGUUUCCAUGAUUCUCUGAAUCAAAAAAAGUUUCCACUUCUUUUCCUGAAGAUUUGGAGCUGAGAACAUACAUUUUGCUAAACUCUGAGAUAAGAUUGAGAUCAAUAAGAACAUAAAUUUCUACAGGAA